AUGGCUGCCCCCGCCAACCCCUCAGUAUUCACCGCUGCAGUGGUGCCCCAGGCCCCCGAGGACCCGCUCUUCGGCCUGAUGCGCGCCUACAAGCAGGACACAUCCGAUAAGAAGGUCGAAUUGGGCAUUGGUGCGUACAGAGACAACAACGCAAAGCCGUGGGUCUUGCCUGUGGUGAAGAAGGCCGAUGAGAUCCUGCGCAACGAUCCGAAUCUAAACCAUGAAUAUCUCCCCAUUGCUGGUCUGCCUGAGUUCACCAGCGCUGCUCAAAGGCUGAUCAUCGGCGCAGACUCACCCGCCAUCAAGGAAAAUCGAGUCAUAUCCCUUCAAACAAUCUCCGGCACCGGUGCCGUCCAUCUCGGCGGCCUCUUCCUGUCCAAAUUCCACCCCUCCCAGCCGAAACCAACAAUCUACCUCUCCUCCCCCACCUGGGCCAACCAUACACAGAUUUUCUCCAAUGUCCACCUCCGCACUGCCACCUACCCCUACUUCUCUCCGGCCACCAGAGGCCUCGACAUCACCGGCAUGCUCGAUGCCCUCCGCGCCGCACCUCGGGGCUCCAUCAUCCUUCUCCACGCCUGCGCCCACAACCCCACCGGUGUCGACCCAACCCAGGACCAAUGGAAGCAGAUCGCCGCCACCAUGCGCGAGGCAGGGCACUUCCCCUUCUUCGACUGCGCGUACCAGGGCUUCGCCUCCGGCGACCUCGCCCGCGAUGCCUGGGCGAUUAGCUACUUCGUCUCGCAGGGCUUCGAGCUGUGCAUCGCGCAGUCCUUCGCAAAGAACUUCGGCCUGUACGGCGAGCGCGCGGGCGCGUUCCACUUCGUCGCCGCGCCGGGCCCACAGGCGCCCGCGGCGGCCGCGCACGUGGCGUCGCAGCUGGCCAUCCUGCAGCGGUCCGAGAUCUCGAACCCGCCCGCGUACGGCGCGCGCAUCGCGGCGCGGGUCCUCAACGACCCCGCGCUGUUUGCGGAGUGGGAGGCCGAUCUGCGCGCGAUGAGCGGCCGGAUCGUGGAGAUGCGGCGCGGCUUGCGCGAGCGGUUGGAGCGGCGCGGCACGCCGGGCAGCUGGGACCACAUCACGAGCCAGAUUGGCAUGUUUAGUUUUACGGGCCUGAGUGAGGCGCAGGUGCAACGGCUCAGGGAGAAGUGGCAUGUUUAUAUGACGAAGAACGGCCGUAUCUCCAUGGCGGGGCUGAACAGCAACAAUAUCGAUUACUUCGCAGAGGCGGUCGAUAGCGUCGUGCGGGAGGUGUCGUAA